AUGAACACUCAACAGAUGGAGCAGAUGGGCCAGUUCAAGAUCACAGUCUGGGAGGAGGAGAACUUCCAGGGAAAGCGCUGUGAGUUCAUGCUGGAGUGCCAGAACAUCAUGGAGAGGGGCUUCAACAAGAUCCGCUCCAUCAAGGUUGAGAAUGGACCUUGGGUGGGUUAUGAGUACCCAGAGUUCCAGGGACAGCAGUUUAUCCUGGAGAAGGGAGACUACCCUCGCUACGAGGCCUGGAGCGGAAACAGCAGCUACAGAACCGAGCACAUGCUUUCCUUCAGACCCAUCAAGUGCGCUAGCCACAGUGACAGCAAGGUGACCAUGUACGAGUGUGAGGACUUCCAGGGCCGUAAGUUCGAGAUGUGCGAUGACUACCCCUCCCUACAGGCCAUGGGCUGGUGCAGCAAGGAGGUGCCCUCCAUCAAAGUCAACUCAGGAGCCUGGGUGGCCUACCAGUUCCCUGGUUACCGUGGCUACCAGUACAUCCUGGAGAGAGACAGACACCAAGGCGAGUACAGAAACUACAAUGAGUACAGCACCCAGGCUCACACCAACCAGGUGCAGUCCAUUCGUAGGAUCCAGCACUAA